AUGCGGGACGGACGUUCUCUGAUCAGCAGGCCUGAAGCUGGCCCCAGCGGUCGCAGCAUGACCACAGCUUCGACAGCUGCAACUGCACAGGCAGAAGCUGUCAGGAGUCAUGAAGAGGAGGCACAGGCGCUUCAGGACUACGUGAAACGCAGGAUAGACCUCUUCGACCAGUACAAGAACCGGGAAGUUGAAGCAGUGGAAAAGGCAAAGGCAGAGAACGUGCCAAUCCGAGUGACUCUGCCGGACGGCACGACGCGAGAGGGAGUGAAGGGCGUGACAACGCCUCAAGAUAUCGUUGGCACGCUCUCCAGGAGCCUGGCAAAGAAGGCCCUGGCUGCCAAAGUGGAUGGGGAGGUGUAUGACAUUUUCAGGCCGCUGGAUGGGGACUGCCAGCUGCAGAUCCUGACCUUUGAGGACCCUGAUGGCAAAGAGACGUUCUGGCACUCGAGCGCGCAUGUGUUGGGCGAGGCGCUGGAGUCCUGUUUUGGCGCCAAGCUGACCAUUGGCCCAGCUCUGGAGGAGGGCUUCUACUAUGACUGCUAUCUGGGCGACCGUACUCUCACCGAGGCUGAUCGGCCUAUCCUGGAGAAGCGAAUCGAGGAGAUCGUGAAGGAGAGGCAGGACUUUGAGCGGGUGGAGGUGACACGGGACGAGGCACUGAGCAUGUUUGCGGAGAAUCCCUUCAAGGAGGAGAUCAUCCGGGGCCUUCCACAGGACGCCACCAUCUCUUUGUACCGCUGUGGCCCCAUGGUCGACCUGUGCCACGGCCCCCACCUGCCCAACACCGGGCUGCUCAGAGCCUCGGCCGUUUCAGCCAUGAACCGCGCAUUCUGGCGCGCAAACGUCAAUCGGGAGCCGCUGCAGAGGGUGUACGGUAUAACGUUCCCGGACGCGGCGUCGAUGAAGGACUACCAGCACCGCAUGGAGGAGGCUCGCAAGCGCGACCACCGCGCCAUCGGUGUGCAGCAGGAGCUCUUCUUCUUCGACCGCCUCUCCCCCGGCUCAUGCUUCUUCCAGCCAAACGGCGCCCGCAUCUACAACAACCUUGUUGAGUUGAUACGUGAGAAGUACUGGGAGUAUGAGUACGAGGAGGUGGUGACGCCCAACCUGUACAACUUUGAGCUGUGGGAGCGUAGCGGCCACGCCGACCACUACAAGGACAACAUGUUCCUCGUCGACAUCGAGGAGCAGCAGUUUGGCCUCAAGCCCAUGAACUGCCCAGGGCACUGCUUGAUGUUCGGGCACCGGCUGCGCAGCUACCGCGAGCUUCCCAUCCGCAUGGCUGACUUUGGCGUGCUGCACCGCAACGAGUUCAGCGGCGCGCUCCAAGGCCUCACGCGCGUCCGGCGCUUCCAGCAGGACGAUGCGCACGUCUUCUGCAGGCCGGAUCAAGUGAUGUCAGAGGUGAGCAGCUGCCUGCGCAUGCUGGACGAGGUGUACGCAGUCUUUGGGCUGACCUACAAGGCUGCGCUAUCCACUCGACCGGACUCCUACCUGGGCACUCUCGAGCAGUGGGACGCUGCAGAGGCUGCCCUCACACAGGCUCUCGACGCCACCGGGAAGGCCUGGGAGUUAAAUGAGGCAGAUGGAGCGUUUUACGGACCCAAGAUCGACAUUACGGUCUUUGACGCCCUCAGGCGCAAGUUCCAGUGCGCCACCAUUCAGCUGGACUUCCAGCUGCCUGUCAGGUUUGACCUGCAGUACAAGGGUGCCAGCGAGGCGUUUGAGCGGCCGGUAAUUGUGCACCGCGCCAUCCUGGGGUCUGUGGAGCGCAUGCUCGCCAUCCUCACCGAAAACUUUGCCGGGAAGUGGCCGCUCUGGCUCUCGCCGCGCCAGGUGAUCGUGGUGCCCAUCAGUGAGGCCAGCGUGGGGUAUGCACGGCGCGUGCGAGCGCAGCUGAGGGCGGCCAAGCUGCACGUCGAGGUGGACGACAGCGACCGCAAGAUGCAGAAGAAAGUGCGCGAGGCGCAGCUGGCCCAGUUCAACUACAUCCUGGUGGUUGGCGAGAAGGAGGAGGCGGAGGGAACAGUGAAUGUGCGCACGCGCGACAAUAUCGUGCAUGGCAUGCAUGCGCUAGACGCGGAGCUCAUGAUCAGCUCGAUGCAGCGCUGCUCUGGGGUGCUGGCUCGUCAGCUGCUGGCCAGAACAGCGGCGCAUCCCUCACUUGCCCCAAGCCUGGCAUCCGCUCUGGCUCCAGUAGCAUGCGCCUGCAGCUUCUCAAACCUUACACUGGCGCCAGCGCAGCCCUCCAAGCUCCUCAGCACACCCCUUCACACCUCGAGCAAGAGCUGGCAGCAGGCGAGUCUGAGUGAGGAGCCGCACCAUGAGCACAUGAGGAUAAAUGAGGAGGCCGGCACCGCCAAAGACAAGACCUACCAGGAAGGGUACAUUGCACCUCACCCGGGCAGCGACUCGAAGGAUGCCGGUGACUCAUACUUGCUCAUGCACCCGGUGUACAACAAGGAGUACCUUGAGUCCAUCUACCCCCGCCACAAGACCCCUGAGAAGUGGAGUGAGAAGACAGGCUUUUGGGCGGUGACGGCCAUGCGCUGGUCGUUUGAUAAGAUCACGGGCUAUGGGCCCAACAUGAACGAGGGCAAGUGGCUGCAGCGCAUAGUCUUCCUGGAGACUGUGGCUGGCGUUCCUGGCAUGGUCGGCGGCAUGCUGAGACACAUGCGCAGCCUGCGAGUGAUGGAGAGAGACCACGGCUGGAUCCACACGCUGCUCGAGGAAGCCGAGAAUGAGCGCAUGCAUUUGCUGACCUUCUUGAAGCUGCGCCAGCCUGGACCCCUGGUCAGGGCGGGGGUGUUGCUCACCCAGGGUGUGUUCUUCAACCUGUAUUUCUUCUUCUACAUGCUGAGCCCCAAACACUGCCACGCCUUCAUCGGCUACCUGGAAGAGGAGGCAGUCAAGACCUACACGCACGCCAUCGCAGACAUUGACAAUGGCAAGCUGCCCGAGUGGGCAGACAAGCCGGCCCCCGACCUUGCCAAGUUCUACUGGAAGAUGUCCGAGGAUGCCACAAUGCGCGAUCUGCUGCUGAACGUGCGCGCUGACGAGGCAUGCCACAGCCAUGUCAACCACACCUUCUCGGAGCUGAAGCAGUCCGACGACAACCCCUUCGUGAAGGGAAAUCAUGAGAUCGCUUAGUCAGCGCAUAGUCACCGCUGUGUCAACCUGUCCAUCAUAGCGGUGUCAAAUUACUUAGACAAUGUGGUGUCAUGUGAUCAGUCAAUUGCCUUGACAUGGGCGCAAAAAUUCUUAAGGUGCUGCAGCUCUGUUUUUUUUGGGCAUCCUGAUGGACAGCCUAUGUGCUUGCAAUUGGCCAUACAGGCAAUAUUGCCUGCAUUAAUGGGCUUUGAAUAAGUGCAUAUGCCUUUACAUAAAAUCACAAUGAUUCGAUGUCUGGAAAGAGACAUGAUGAAUACAUUAGAGCUUGGAGUGCAUCUUGGAUAAUUAUUUAUUAGCGCAGCUGUGGGAUUUGCCUGGUCUGUGCACCGGCAUGCAUGUAUUUGAAUGUUUCAGUGACUGCGCAACGAGAUCGUGUUGGGUAGAUUAGUCAGUUGGCAGAUUGCUCGUCAUAAUGAUUAUGGCAUGGUGUGGUGUUGCAAAGAGUGCGUUUGAAUUUGGUGUUGCUUUGAUUCUGGUAAUUCAAGAAAUUCAUUUACAACUUGUUUCAUCUGUCCAAUCUGUCCAAUGCUUGCAAUGGCAAGCACUUCGGCAGAGACACAAAAAUUUAUUAUAACAAAUAUUGCCCAUGUGGGCGCCGCACAAGAUUGCGCAGCAAACAAUAGUCAGCGGGAAUGUUGCAUGCGCAACUUUGAUGGAUAAAUGCUGUUGGAGGGAUUGUGCCAGGAGAAGGGAGCUUGCUCAGCACACCAGAGAGCUCACAAUUGCAGCUAGAUGCACCUGGCCUUUUUCCCUUUCCAAGCUAUGAAAGAAGAAUUUGAUGUGAACGACCUAAGAGACCACCUGAGAAGCUCCAACCCCUGCCGCUUCCACAGGUGAUCUUGAGACCUUCUUGGCAGCUGCCACCACCACUGCUUCACAAGUGCUCCUGCUUUCUUCUGAGGUGCUGAGAGCGGUGCAAGCAGCUUCACGGAUGCUCUAGAAUUGUCAAAGAAGCGGUUAUCCCUGCAGAUUUAUACUCUACCUGCCAGGCUAUUUCUGCUGAACGUUGCUGAUACAAUUGUCUGUUAUGUCACUAUUAGACAGUUCAUGCUAUAGCACUGCAUAUACACUGUGAGGUUGCUCUUUCUUUCAGCUUGGCGCUCGCACUGCCUCGUACGUUCUUGCAUCUCUCCUCUCUUAACUAUCUUCACAGGUGCUCCUGGAACCACUUGAGAGAGCGCGCAAAUGCGUCGCGAGCAUCGGCUGCCACCGCCUCGUCCUUGUCAUCUCCCCUUAAGCUCCACCCAUGCGCCUGCUUGGGGUAAUAGACGCCCUCAGCUGGGAAGGACUUGGUCUUGAGGAUGUCCUGGAUCUUCUCGCGCAUCAUGUCUGGGAUCUGUUGGUCGUUGGCCGAGUACAGGAACAGAACCGGCUUCUUGAUAGCUUCCACCGUCUCCAGCUUUAUCAGCGACCCGUGAGCAAUCACCCCCGCGUCCAAAUCCCCCGAGCCUAGCAGCAGGACAGUGAAGCAACCGCCCCAGCAGAAGCCUUGAGCGCCCACUUUGAUGUUCUCACCAUAACUCUCCUUCAGCUCCCCGAUCACAUUCUUGACCUCUUCCAACGUCUUGUCCUGAGGGAAUUGGCCGAGCCAUUCUCCAAUCUUUGAGAAGUCAAACUCGGGGGUGAGGGCCUUUCCCCUGAAGAAGUCUGGCACCACUGUGACGAAGCCUGCUGCAGCAAGCUUGUCGGCAAAUAUGCGAAUGUUCUUUUUGGCCCAGCCAAAUAUGUCACUGAUGAGCACAAUAGCCGCCUUGGGAGUGUCCUUGGGCUCGGCAAAAUAUGCAUCAUACGUAGCUAUUGUGCCGACCUUCCCGGUGGGUUCGCCCUGCCACUCCGUGCCAGGGUCGCAGCACUGCUUAUAUUCCGCCAUGGCUUCUUCUUGUUUUUCU